UGAAAAUAAUCGCAAAGUCGUACUGGAUGACGAGAUCAUGCAAACGUCAGUGUGCUUGAUAUCCAUGGCGCUGCAAGCACAGGGCAUGACAGCAGCACAAGCUUUCGAAACGGUAGACUACGACAAUGACAGCAGAAUCUCUUUAUCUGAUCUUCAGUCCUUGAUCCAAAUACUGGCUUUGCAGAUGGAAGAGUCCACAGUGAACAGUCUUCAUGCAGAGCUCGACACUGAUCAUUCCGGUUACAUCAGCAAGAUCAUCUGGAUCAGUGUGAUUGAAGGUGCUGAUGAGUAUUCGGAGACUGUAAUGCAGCCAUUCCAUGAUCACCGAGUUGCACCCGACGGGGUGCAGCUGGAUUGUCAAGAAACUGAGAAGAAAGGAAACUGGAUUUAUUGCAACGAUAUCGAGGAAGGGCAGCUCGAGGAGGAUGUUCCAUGUUACGAUAUAAUGACAGAUUCACGAGAGACACCUGAAGAGCUCAAGGAAGAAUUGAAAGGAGGCCUUCAGUUCAGCCGCGAGGUCGAAGAGGGGCAACUUGUCGAAGGAGUUCCUGCAUAUGAGACUGACAAAAUAUGCGUCAUUUCCUAAUUUUUUGUUGAGUUUGAGAUUCAUUGUUGAGUUUGAGAUUCAAAAAAUUGUUUUGAUAGGAAGAGGUUGAACGUCUUGCGGGAUGCACCCAACUGAUCAGUGUUUAGGUAUUGCUUUACUUUCGUGAUAAAUAAAUUACAAUAAAUUACAUGAUUCAGUUGUCGAUUUUGUGAAUAUAUUUUCCCAACCGAUCAAGAUUUUCGGUCAUGAAGCUAAUCGCCCUACUUGCAUAAAGUUUAAGACUGUGAAUUCUCUGAUACAGAGCACCGUUUGGCGGAUUUUCCUCAGUUCUGAGAAAACGUCUGUGGCCAGAGAGGUUAUGAGAAAUGAGCUGCAAAGCUUUCACUGCAAUCCUCUUAAAUUCUUGAGGGUACAAUAUCCUGGCAAGAAACGCGACAGGGAGCAAAGCUGCCAUCAUGAACAACAGCGAGCAAAUCCCAAGGAAAACGGCAGAGGAAAACAAUAUUAUCCCACCGAAGAGGGAGACUCCGAAGCCGCUGAAAAGAGCGAACCCUGUGAAUAUGACAGGAAGGUAGAGAAGGACAAGAGCAGGAGCUGCAACAACUGCCAGUCCCUUCACGUCCGAUGCGAGCGACAUCAUCGCCAACGCGGUUCCCUUCCUCUCCAUGGCGACUCAC